UCUAUAAAUUGAUUUUUUCCGCCAACGCGAGGCCGAAGAACAUUAAAUCCUCACAGACGUCGGUUGGCGAUCUCCUCUGCGUCUCCUCGUUUUGGGAAUUUCACGAUAGCGAUCUUCUGGAGAUCAGGGCAGCUCUCGCACUGUGAUUCUUGAUCUUCUCUACGCCUCUCGGCCAAGUCCUGGUGUGAAGCAAAUUUGUGAAGUUGUCUAUAUAUGGCCUUUGAGCACUACCUUUCACAUGGCUGGAGGAAGCAGGUUCCAGCUGCAAUGGCAAACUCUGAGAACUUUAAGGCUUGUUUUGACUGCAGUAUUUGCUUAGACUUUGCAUCUGAGCCUAUAGUGACUCUGUGCGGCCAUCUCUACUGCUGGCCUUGCAUUUACAAGUGGCUUCAUGUCCAGAGUGCCUCCCUCGGCCCUGACGAGCCUCCGCAGUGCCCGGUUUGCAAGGCCGAUAUUUCCCACACGACAAUGAUCCCUCUCUACGGCCAUGGUCAAUCGGCAGAGGAUGAUGAGGUUGAUGCCAAAGAGUUACUUAUACCUCCUAGGCCAUCAGCUUUUGGCGACAAGGCUCUGGGAUCUAUCAGAUCUAAUAAUGCUUCUGGUCAGCACCUUCCUUAUAGAAACCCAUAUCAGAAUCAAAGCUACAACUUUGAUCCGUAUGACAGCUAUGAAGAGGACUCGAGCAGUUCGUUAUUUAACCUCGAACACGACCCAGCCGAUAGUUUUCAUCAUCCAGUGGCCAGGAUGUUUGGAGAGAUGGUGUAUACUAGGAUGUUUGGGAAUUCAGAGGGCUUAUACACAUACCCGAAUUCUUAUCCUCAGACCGGGAGCAGCAGUCCGCGAUUGAGAAGGCAGGAAAUGCUAGCAGAGAAAUCGCUUAACAGGAUAUCAUUUUCUCUCUUCUGUUGCUUAGUUCUAUCUCUUAUUAUCUUCUAAUUAUAGAUGGUGGCUCCUGCAAUUUUUAGUUUGUAGCCAUUUUUGCGAGGGAUGUAAUUGAAUAAGCUUUGGGACAAUUGAUUAAACACACCACAUUCUAUGUAGCUUUGAUUCAUUUCAAAUGAGCAACUGUUAGUGACAAAUA